AUUCUGUGCCGCAUUGGGACAAGAAUGCAUAUCACCAGACGCCGAGGUUUGGGAAAGAAGGCAAAAAUGAUUGAGACCAAAUAAAGCCGUAAAGCCCAUCUCAGCUCCCAUUCGCAUGUUCUCGACCAUCUCCCUCUGAACACCACACACACACCUUCAAGUUCAAAUUCAAAGAUACUGAACAUUGCCUCAUUGUACAAGACAAACCUACCUCAUCUGCUAUGCCUGAACCCGCCGAUGCCCAGGCGGCCACUCUUGACCGUUUUAUCUCGGCCUGGAGGGCUUGUUCGCCCGGUGGCCUCUCGUCGGUCAUGGGUGCCGACUUCACCAUGCAGACUCUGCCGUUUAGUCUGAAGGAGCCGCUUCACAGCCAAGCAGAGAUGGCGGGGUUCCUUUCCGUCCUCCGGGGGAUCAUGUCCACGUUUGAGCUCACGGUUCACAACGUCGUCCACGACGCCGCGAACGGGAAGGCGGCCAUCUACGCCAUAACCAAGGCGGACUCGCCGUCAGGCCCGUAUCAGAACGAGCAUGCCGUCUUCCUCUGGUUCGAUGAGAGCGGCGAGAAGGUGACCAGAAUGGAGGAGAUGGUGGACAGUGCUUUCUUGAAGGACUACAUGCCAAAGCUCCAAGCCUUUCUGGCUCAGCAGGCGGCGAAGUCAUCCGCGGCGGCGGAAUAGUUAAGCUACCCUGGGUUUUGGGAUAGUACGUGACUGUAUGCCUCGUCAAUUGCAGCGGGAGCAUGACGCGGCCUGUGAAUUGCUGUCUCAGCCAUAACCAUUGCGCUCGUC